AUGGUUCACUUCACAGCUGACGAGAAGGCAGCUAUCACAAGCAUAUGGGAUAAAGUGGACUUGGAAAAAGUUGGAGGAGAAACUCUGGGAAGGCUCCUGAUUGUCUACCCAUGGACUCAGAGAUUCUUUGACAAAUUCGGAAACCUCUCUUCUGCCACUGCCAUCAUGGGCAACCCCAGAAUCAGAGCCCAUGGCAAGAAAGUGCUGACAUCCCUAGGCUUGGCGGUUCAGAACAUGGACAACCUCAAGGAGACUUUUGCUCAUCUGAGUGAGCUGCAUUGUGACAAGCUUCAUGUGGAUCCUGAGAACUUCAAGGUCAGUGUGGAACACACUCAUGUACUCAUUAUUAGUUUUACUGGGAACAUUCCUGGGAGUUGA